AUGGCCGGCUGCCACCAGCUCGCGUUUGACGCCGCCGCGCCCGGCGUGAGGGCGGCCGUCCUGGAGGGCCUGCGCCUGCUGGUGGACAACGUGCACGCGCAGCCGGUGCUGCGCCGCGCGCUGCCGGGCCUCGCGCCGCUGCUGGGCGACGCGGCGCCGGCGGUGCGGGUGGGGAUGGCGGACCUGCUGCUCACGAUCUCCACCAGCCGCGGCCUCAAGUUCUGGGAGGUGGUCCCCCUGGAGGCCCUCCUGGAGGUGCUGGCGCGGCCCCCAGGGCCAACAGGCGACGACGGCCUGACAGCACGCGUGCACCACCUGCUGGUGCCCAGCUACCUGCCCAACACAGAGGAGGGCGCGGCUCGUGUCGCCGCACUUCUUCGCAGCAGCCCCGCCGCCGGCCGCGCGUUCUGCCGCCUGCUCGUCGCGCCGCUGCUCGACGGCGGCGCCGCGGCGCCGGGCGCCGGCCAGAGGGUGCCGGUGCCUCUCGAGUGGGUGAUCUCGCUGGCGGCCGCCCUGGCCUCACACCUGGCGGACCACCCGCCGGCGGCCGACCCCCACAGCCCGCCCCGCAAGACCCGCGGCCGCCGCGGCGGCGCCGCCGCGCCGGGCGCCGCCGACGGCGCGGCGGUUCGCGGCGGCGGGAAGCGGAAGAAGGCCCCGGCGGCGGCUGUGGCAGCGGCGGCGGGGCAGGAGGGUGAGGGCGCGGAGGGCAGCGGGGACGAGGCGGAGAGGGACGUGCUGGCGCUGGGGGCGCAGGAGGAGGCCGCAGAGGGGUGGUGCGCCCUGCUGGCGGGCCUUGCUGAGCUGGCGGGGGGCGUCGGCGCCGCGCUCAGGGCGGAGCUGUGCGGCGAGGGCGACUUGGAGGGCAUGCUAGCCCCAGGGGCCCUGCAGCAGCUGCUCGACAGCUGCCCAGCCCCCGAGCCCCGCCGUCACGUCUGGAGCAUCGCCGAGCACCUGCCCUGCCUCCCCGCGGCCGCGCGGCUGCGCGCCAACACGCUGAAGCAGCUGGCUUCCGGGCAGCUUCUCGAGAUGUACGGGAGCACCUUCGACGGCGCCGGCGGCGCGGCGACGGCGAGCACCAGCGGCGCUGGGGCCGCCCACUCCCACGGCCACAGCCGCGGCCGCGGCCGGCUUGGGGCCAGCGGCGGCGCGGGCGGCGGUGCCGAGCUGGAGGAUGGGCAGAGGCGGCGCGAGGAGCUGCGGGCCAUCCUGGCGUGCCUCGCGGCGGCGCCCUGCUGCGCCAAGCUGUCCGCGCUGCUCUCGCGCGCGCUGGGCCUGCCGUGGGGCCCGGGCGGCGGCGCCGCCGCGCAGGGGGGCCAGCCGCGGGAGCAGGCGGCCGCAGGUGAAGGAGAGGAGGCGGCUGGUGAUGACGAGCGGGAUGACGACGACGAUGACAUCGCCUGCAAGGCGUGCGGCAAGGCCCAGCCGGACCACAACCUGCUGCUGUGCGACGGCUGCGAUGCGGCCUACCACACCACCUGCCUGCGGCCGCGGCUGGCGGCGGUGCCCGACGGGGAGUGGUUCUGCCCGGGCUGCGACACCGACAUCCGCAGCAGCCAACUGGCGGCGGGCGGCGCGGUCGAGUGCCUGGGCCUGCUCCUGGGGACAGCCCCGGGGCGCCACCUGCUGCAGCAGUCCGGCCUCCUGGCCUCCGCGCUGCCGGCGCUGCAGCAGCGCUCUGCGGCCGCCACGGAGGCGGCCCUGCGCCAGCUGCAGCCCGCUGCCGCAGCCGGCGCCGGCGCCCGCGGCCGCAGCGCGGGCCCUCCCGCGGCCACGAGGGACGGGGCGCUGGCGGCGUGCGGCGAGGCUGCCGAGGCCGCCUGCCUGUGCGCCAGGGCCUCGAUACACCUGGCAGGCCUGGCGCUGCUGCACGCGCUCGUCCAAACGGCGGACGGGCCCGGCGCCGACGAGGGCGCGUGCGCCGCCUCAGACGCCGCGCGUGCCGCCGCGGCGGAGGGGCUUUUCGGGGCGCUCGCCGACGGCAGCAGCGCGCUCGCAUCCGCCGCGGACUGGCUGGCGGGCGGCGGCGGCGGGAGCGGCGGCAGCGGCUGGGGGGACGCGGAGGGGGCGGCGCACAGGCUGGGCGGCCCGGCGAGGCGGCUGGCGGGUGGUGCUGCGGCGCUGCUCGCGCUCUCAGGGGACGCGCUGCGGAUGGGGCUCGUUGCAGCGUCGGACUCAGUAGGUCGCGAGCAGGCGGCGGCGUGCGGGCGCAGCGCGCUGGCGCUGCUCGUCGCGCUGCAGCCCUGCGCCGUGGAGGGGCCUGUGGAAGAUGCCCUGAAGGGCGACACCGCUCUUCUGCGCUUGCUGGUGGCGCCGCCGCAGGACGCCGGCGCCGCAGCGGAUGGGGACGGUGGCAGCGGCGGCGGCUGCGAGCAGCUGAGCGCCUGGGUGUCCGAGUGGCUGUCCGCCCUCUGCGCCGGCCCGCUGGCGGGCACGGCCGCGUCGGUGCGGCCGCACGUCCCCGCGCUGCUGGGGGGCCUGAUGCGGCCGUCCGGGGCGGGCGCGGCCGACGCGUGGCUGAGUCCGCUGGCGGAGGCGGUCGCGGGCGCGGCCGUCGAGGCGGCGGGCGGCGCGUCGUCGGGCGGCAGCGACAAUGACGUCAGCGACGGUGACGUCAGGGAUGACGAGGACGACGCAGAGAACGCGGACCCCAACGUGCAGAAGGGGGGGCCUGGCGCCGGGGACGGCAAGGCGGCGGCGAAGCGGCGCGCGGCCGGCAGCAAGGCUGGUGGUGGCGGGGCCGGGGGCCCACUGGAGGUGCAGCCGCUGGUGGCGUAUUUCGUGCAGGCCGCCAAGCUGAAGAAGGUCGAGCGCGACGUGGCGGCGCGCUGCGUUGCGGCGUCCGUGGCCGCCGGCCGCGCCGGUGACUGGCGGGCGAGCCUCGGAGCCCUGCGCCUAGGGCGCGUGCUCGGCGCGUUCAAGGCGGGGCCCGGUAGCACGGCUGACCAGGACGCUUUGGCCGCGCUCGGGGGCGUGCACGCGGCGGCCGCGGCGGCGGCGAAGGGCGGCGGCGCGGCGCAGGCGCACGCGCGGCUGCUGGCCGGGCAGAUUGAGCGGGUCGAGACUGCAGCGGCUGCCGCGGCGGCUGGUGGGCGGCGUGCGGACGGCCGGGGGAGGCGGUGA